AUGACGACGCAGACCAGGCUUAAUGAACUUCACAGGAUUGCACACUUCAUGACAAACGAUCCUGACCUCUGGGUGUUUCGUCGGUACGAAAUGCUUCACAUAAUUAACAUUUUAGCCCUUCAGCAGCGUAUGUCGAAGUUAGAGCAGGAUCUUAUGGGUAUUUCCAACUAUGAGGCGUCUCAAGCAAAAGGGCAGGAAUACCCGAAGCCUGAGAAAUCUCCAGAGGUUCUUCUUGCGGAAAUCCAGGACGUCGUUAAAGCCUACGAUGAUGCUCUUCUUUCAUUAGCACGGAUCAAAAGUACUGAAACGCCUGCUGAGCAUGUCGCGGAUAGCUUGAAGAAAUUCGCACUCUCGAAUGUCCUCCCCUCUCUCUUAACAGCGCUCUCUCCCAACUGGAUGGAAGGAUCAAACACGCCGCGCUUGCUUUCUAUAGCAACCCCCCAAAGAAGCUGGCUCCAUAGAUACAUCGAUAGGCAUGAAUGCUUGAGUAGCGUGUUCAAAGAAAAAGGAAACACAUCUUCUUUCAUGACGAAGUAUUCGGAGUCAAAACUGAGGAACACGGAAUUCGGAGUAGUCACUGCUAGUCUCUGCUUGGUGCAGCUUCUGCCAGUCAUGGCGCUGACCUUAGUAACGGACAAUACCGUGAGAAUCGCCGUAGUUUUGAUCCUUAUUUUCAUCGUGUCUCUCCUGAACGCGUUGUUUGCGAACACUGCGAGAGCUUCUAAUUUUGGAGCGGUUGCUGCGUACGUCAACUUUUUCUUUUGA